ACCCCCAGCCCCUCUGCUCAGACCCUGCAAGUCCGGUGCUCCCCAAACGCUUCUACCCGCCCCUCCAGCCCAGCUACGCAAGAGUCAGGGUCCAUGCCCUCCUCACCAUUUGGGGGGAACCGAGCCCCUGUCAGCAGAGGCGGCGGACCCCCACCACGGAGGGAGGAAGAUGUCGGACGAGGAGACUGAAGACUUGGAACAGGAGCUGGACGUGGAGGAGCAGAGCAGGAAGGAGGACGAUAAAGAGCUGGGAGAGGACUUCGAUGAGCAGUUCCUGCCUCCCAAACCCAUCACGGAAGAUAUCCUGAAGGAGGGGUUGUCUCUGCUCUGCAAGACGGGCAACGGGCUGGCACAUGCCUACGUCAAGCUGGACGCCAAGGAGAAGGAGCUGACGGACAUUACCCUGCUGAGCUCCUACAUCCACCUGCGCUACGUGGACGUGUCGGAGAAUUUCCUGUCGGACCUGUCCCCGCUCAACAGCCUCACGCACCUGCUGUGGCUCAAGGCGGACAAGAACCGCCUGCGGACCGCACACCUGGAGGAGCUGCCCUACCUGCAGAUCGCCAGCUUCGCCCACAACCGCAUCAGCGGCACGGAGGGCAUCACCCACCCCCGCCUCACCAGCCUGGACCUCAAAGGAAAUUUUAUCCAGAGAGUGACGGGGCUGGACCCUCUGAAGCUGGGGAACCUGCACACGAUCGAGCUGCGAGGAAACCAGCUGGAGAGCACAGCCGGGCUCCACCUUCCCAAACUCAAGUAUCUCUACCUGGCCCAGAACAACCUGAGGCAACUGGAGGGUCUGGAGUCUCUGGAGCACCUCUGCACGCUGCACCUGCGCGAUAACCAAGUGGAAGUCCUGGACGGCUUCUCCCCGUCUAUGAAGGCAUUGCAGUACCUCAACCUGCGGGGGAAUAUGAUCGCGGAUCUGGCGGAGCUGGAGAAGCUGCAGGUGCUGCCCAAGUUGCGGGCGCUGAUCCUGCUGGAGAACCCGUGCGUCGACGAAGGGGGCUACCGGGUAGAGGCCUUGGUGCACGUGCCGCACCUCGAGCGGCUCGACAAGGACUUCUACGACGAGGAGGAGCGGGCCGAGGCCGACGAGACCCGCCAGCGGCUGCGGGAGGAGCAGGAGAUAGAGAGCAUCCAGGAGGUGUCAGCAUAGGCCUGCAGAGCCCGCAGGAGUCAAGCCCCGCAUCACCGGAGGGCUCCGGGCGGGAGAAGCCUGGCUUCCUCCCCGGAGCUGGGAGACGGAACGGGGACAUGGAACGGGAACACGGAGAGGGGACACGGAGCCACCCGAUCCCGGGACAGCGAGGACGGCGGCGGGAAGAGAGGAGAGAGCCGGGAGGGAUGCGGCUUCUCCAGGGGACCCCCAGCACCAACCCCCUUCUCCCUCCAGCUCCCGGAUGGGGACGGGGGGCGGGGGGAAUAGGGAAUUCGAGGGGGGGUGCAGCUGGGCCUACAGAAGUUUGGUGGGAUGGGGGGACGGGGAGGACAGGGCAAAGAUGAGGAGAAAAAGAGGUUGGGAGGGGAGAUUUUGAUAUUCUAAUAAAGAAAAAUGACUGAAGCUUCAGUAGGUCUGUGUA